AUGUCUUCAACUGCGCCUCCGCCCACAUGGGUGGUUGACAUGAACACGCCGCUUGCCAAACGGCCCGGCAAGACAAGCAGCUUCCGCAACCCGCCGGGGUUCAGCACCACCAAGUCAUCAGGCAAGCUGGUAGGCAUACCUACCUCUAUAAACUGGUAUAAAGACGAAAUUGAGGACUUAGUCGAACAACAGCAGGAACACGCCCGCCCAACCGCCGACCGCAAACCCAUCGAAACCGACACGCUCAAACUGAAAAAGGCGUGGGAAGUCGCCCUCGGCCCAUCGAAGAGCAUCCCCAUGAACGCCAUCAUGAUGUACAUGUCCGGCAACAGCCUGCAGAUUUUCAGUAUCAUGAUGGUGUUUAUGCUCUUCAAGGGCCCCAUCCAGGGCUUGCUAGCCACCAAUGCCCAGUUCGUCAAGUUCGAGACCGAGUCCAACAAGGCCAAGUUGUGGGGGUGCAAGGCUGUGUAUGUGUUGAUGCAGUUUGUGUUGUUGGGGCUGGGCGUUUGGAAGGUCAAUGCCAUGGGCUUGUUGCCAACGACGAGGUCGGAUUGGCUGGCGUGGGAGUCGGAGAGAAUACCGCUUGAACGUGCUUAUUUUGCGUUUGGCUGA